AAUUGCGUCAAGUGCUGAUGAAAGAGAAAAUGUGAGUGAAUAUACUUCACUGGGAAGUGAGAGGGUGUUGUGGCUCUUCACGAAAGUGAAGUGGGGGUAGAUAUAAAUGUGUUAAAGAAGAACCAGCCAGCAUCAACCCCCACACUCAUUAUAAGAGCUCCUCAUUGUUUUAAACAAGUGAAUGAAUUAAUGUGUAUUUAAGCCUGCACAAAUGUGUGUUUGUAUAGGAGGUGAGGGAUGUUAUUGUGGGUGCAGGUUUAGGAAUUCAUGUGUUUUCUGAGUUUUGAAGAGUGAGAAACAAUAAACAUGCAUUAAUUCACAUUCUGUUACAAUUUUAUUAAGAGUUCACUCGUUUUUAGGACUAAUAAGGAAUUUUAUUUAUUUGUUAAAAAUAGUUGAUCAGUUAUUAUAAUGAAUUGUAAACACACUUAUGUCUCCAUAUGUUCAUUUAUAUGGACUGCAAUGUUUUUUCAGUGUUUAGGAGUGUGUGCGUGAGUGGAGGGGUGGGGGUGUAGCAGACCUAUUGACUUCUGAAUGGAUGAAAUAAAGACCGGCACAUGGGAAUGAGCUCUUGGCUCUUGGCGGGGACGGAGUAUUGAGAUGCACUGGUGUGGGAUUAAUCCUCCAUUCAGCCUCUCCUCCACUCCACCGUUCUUGGCACAAAGGGCCCCACCCUGUGUAUGGAGGGUUUCCGUGACGACCCCUAACCUGCUAUUUUGCCCCGCUAUACCCAACCACUUUAUGAGAGCACACAGUUACUUUGUUUAAUAUUUACUUCUCCUCAUAUCCUCCUCAUACCCUCUCAUUUCCAAAACCUUUGGAGAUAUUACCCAGGGUAGUGAUCAGUGAAGUGGCCCUCGGUGUAAGCUGUGGGAUAUUAAACUGAAAGAGGAAAUGGAUGCAUACAAUCAAAAUUCCUGGCAUUUCAAUUGAAAGUGAUUUACAGAGAGUGGGGAACUGCUCUCAAUCACCACCAGGAGCUGGUUUCCAUCAUUACACUGGGGCAUUAUGAAGCACAUAGACCACAGGCUGAGCGCCCCCUGCUGGCCUCAUUAAUAAUCCUCUACCUUCAGGUAACAUACUGUAGUUGGUGUCACAUCUGACCAAUCGACAGGCAGUGUUAGUAUUAUUCAAAUACUUCUGUAAUGUUUAUUAAUAUUUUGAAUUUGCUUUUAUAUUUGUUUUCAUUAUAAAUAUAUAGCUUUAAUUUAUUAGCUUUUUAGAGCUCACGCCCAAAUAUUUAAAUCACAGUUUCAAUCCUGAGACUGUAUAUAUUUAGUUUCAAAAAUCAGCCUCUCCACUCCAAAUUAAUCUUUAAUGACCGUGGGAGCUGAGGUUUUAACAUUUGAUUGUCAAUAUGAAAAUUUGUUGACUCAGACUUGAAGCUUUCACCACUUCCAGGAAGUGGUAAUGGUACACUGAGGAACUGCUCGAGAAACUUAAUUUAGCCGAUGCGUAAAGUAUAUCAUUUUUGACAUAAAGUGCCUCCGAGUGACUUUUGUCGUCGUCGAUUCCCGCAUCUACAGUCAGGAGCGAUCCACGCGUCAGGAUUUCUAUCAAGUGAACUGAAUCAGUGAAUCGCGUGAGAUCAGAAGUGAAACAUUUGAAUGAACGUGCCAUAGUUUGAAGAUGAGUAUGAUUUAUUCCCAUGUAACGCUAGUAUUGUGAUGGCUUCCUCAACCGAGAGACCCCGCAAUUCAGGAGCAGAGGAGAAGCAAACUGUGAAGGCCCGGCUCCUGUCUUCACAGAUGCUUCUAGUGGAUGCCCUCUAUCACCUGGGCCCUCUGCUCGACAGUGUUAUAUCUGUAGGGCUGCUCUCUAGAGAAAACUGUUAUGAAAUUGAAGCUGAGCGAACGCCGCCCAACAAAGUCCGAAAACUUCUAGAGAUUGUUGACGCACAGAUGGACGAAUGUGGUGCCUCUAGUUUCAUGGAGUGUCUGAGGAAAGUCAAGAAACAUUACCCGCGUCUACGAACCUGGCUGACCUCAGAAGAAGAUCACUCCCAACCACCAGACAUUAAGCAAGGUCCAACAGAAUGUCAGCUACAGGCCCAGUUUAAUGUUCUGUGCUCACGCUUGGGCUGUUCUGUCCUGCCGGUCUCCUACGAUCUCUUCUCCAGAGGCAUUCUGACUCAGUUGGAACUGGAGAAGAUCCAAGCAAUACUCAUCCCAACCCAGCAAGCACAGACUCUGCUGUCCAUCUGCCUGAAGAAAGGAGAAAAAGCGUGCACAAGCUUUUACACAGCGCUACAGAAUGAGGACGAGCAACUUGCUGAGGAACUUAAUAUAAAGAGCUUGGUGGAAGACCUUAAUAAAGAGCCUGAAGGCAGCAUUGUGCCGAUAGCAGUGGAGGAAACUAGAGCUCACUUGAGAGCAGCUUUACCUCUGUCAGGAGGCCUGCAGCAGGUCAUGACUCAGCUGGGCUUGACUGUGGGGGAUGAGAUUAGGUUUAAUGUCUGUGAGGUUGGUGUUGCGGUGGGUUUGCCGCGUCGGACCGUCAGAGAGUACCUUCUGGAAGGGGUUGGCAUUGAAGACUCGGCCCAGCUGGAGGCCCUAGUGUCCCUGUAUAUAGAGAAGACAAAGGACGCUGACAGACUACUGAGCAGAGUGGCAGAACUCAGCCCUCGGUGGGUCCAGCUCUCAGAGAGGGGAUGUCUGCUGUUGAGGUUGCUGCAAAAAGCAGAGACUCUUCUCCGCAGCGGUAUCCACAGUCACCUGCACAGCUGGGACCACCUGCACGAUCAGGACCACUUACGCAGCUGGGACCACUUGUGUCCUGAUGACUGCACAGAUCAGCGCACCGUGUGGGCCAUCUUCAGCUUUCUGGUGUGGGACUGCAUGGCAGAAGUUCUGGAGGAGCCGGAGGCGAAGCCUAGCGGAGGCAUACUAGGUAUGAUUGAGCAACUGAGUGCCAGCGGCAGAGUGGAGGCCGCACUGCUGCAGGAAGUGGAGCAGUGCUGGACGGACGGGGACGCUGAGAGUCUGCUGCAGAGUGUGAGAGUCCUCGCUCAGGUGCUACGAGACCUGCAUCCCCUCCAGGAAGGCCUCCAGCUGUCCUCUUCAGUUGAGGGGUUGUUUUCCUGCAGGCCCAGCAGACUACACCGGGUCACUUCCUUCCAGGGUGUCUCUGUGCGGGUCAUCCGUAAAGCUCUGAGCAGCAUGGUUCCAUCCUCUGCGGACCAGGAUGCAACUCUUCUUGCUAGACAGUACUUGGAGGUGUGCGUUCGAAUCGCACGUCUCCUAGAUGUAGUGCAGCCCAAACGAACCACUGUUGACUUUUCUAAUGCAUCCAUUGCUACGGUCAUUCAGCAUGUGUGGUUUGUCUUGUCAAAUCCUGCUUUUAGCUCUGAAGCUUUUGACGCGGGAGUUCGCCAUCGCUUGCUUUCAGUGUUGGAGUUCAAUCCUGUGCAGCUGGGCUUGGGCUUUCUCAUGCAGCUCCACCAGGAGACCCUCUCCGAAUUCCAGAGCUACUUACAACUCGGCGAGCACCACAACUUCCAGUUUAUUCUCGAAUCGGUACGAAUACUUGGUCCUGCGAAGCUGUUUUCUGUCAGCAGGGUUCAUGGGCCUGUCGCCAUCGACAAUGGGGUGGAGGAAGUCCUUCGUUUUAUCACGUCAGAACCAACUUCAUUCCUUGUACGACUGCACUGCCUUUGCUAUGAAGAAGGAAGGGGGCGCUUCAAGGUGUGCGUGCCACGUUGUGCAUGUAUGUAUUUGCUCAAGGCAGAAGGGCUGCGUGACAUGCAGUGGUGUGGUGGCAACGUUCUGGCUGAGGUAGGUGGGAAAGUGUGGGUCAGAGAGGGAGAAAGUAACGGCUGGGAUGAGCUACAGGCACUGGCUCAGAGACACUCUGCUCAGCUCAAGGAUGAAGGAUGCUGCUUUAAGGUCAAGACCUCUGGAUUGGAGUGCGAGGUCAAAUUUAUAUACAGGAGUGGAAGGCUAUGGGCUGUGCCACAUAGGGACUGUGAGGUAGUUUAAAAAUACGGGUAGCUGACACGGUGUUGCAGUGACAAACAGUGUCACAUGUUGUACUUCAUUUAAAAGUAUUUGAAAGGUUUUUUCAAAUUUCGUACAUUUAUAGAUUAAUGUUAUGAAUAGAACUGAAUUUGUAGCUAUUUAAGUGCAAAAACAUAAAAAAAUGAAUUAAAACUGUGAAAAUCAUUUUUGAUCUUGCAGUAUAAAAACAUAUGGAGCCCUGCAUAUGACGUGCAGGGAAAAAAUUAUAUACAUAAUGGCCACAAAUUAAAAAAAAUCUACCUAUAGAGUAGUAUUGCAUCCUUCAUAUCUCUGAAGAGUCUAGUUUUAUCAGACUUAUAAAAGACAGAUACAGCUUUACGAUUCUCUCCUAAAACAGUCGAGCUCCUGGAGGUAUGCUGUGGGCGGAGCUAAAGAGUCAUGAGCACACAAAGCUUUUGUGUAGCAAUCAUCUGCAAGCUGUGACAUCGACAUAAAACAUGAACAAAAACUUACAUUUUAAUGUUUAUAAAACAUUUGUCACUGAAAUGCAGAGAACAAACAGACAACCAGUGCCCAUAAAAGGAAUUCCACCCUUUAUGACAUCAUACAGGGACUCAAAAAAAAAAGUUCAGAAUCUUAUACAAACCCUGAUGGAGUGUAUUUGGCACAGAAAUACUCUGUCAUACAUCCAACACCUUUUUUUGAAACUUUGGCCAUGUUUAGCAUGAGAAUGCAACUCUCAACAGUGUAAAUAUGUCAGAAUGUAUGAAAUGGCAUUAGCCCUCCCCUUUAAAGCAUACUGAGGAAUUACUACUGAGUAUAAUAUAAACUCUCGUUAGUUGGUUUACAUGGUGCUGUGCAACUGAAAAUCAAUGAUCAGUUAAGAAUAAUUUACAGAACAUUUUAACAAAUUUGUUUUCAUGCCAGUGUUACGAACUGAACAUUGCUUGAACAUUAAUUGAAAUUAUGAAAUGUUAAUUCCUACUGUUUUUGUUACAUUUUUGGCUGCUUUGCUUUUCCACAGUUCUCAAAAAAAAAAAAAAAAAUGUCUAUACAAAUGUGAUAUAAAAAACAACAACAACACAAUAAAGAUUUUAAUUAUCUAAA